AGACUGUUAUCAAAAUGCAGUAAUGGCUUCCUGGUACAGACCUCGACACCAUUUAACGAGAAGCGAAAUCGACGAGCUCUUCAGACGAAGCGAGAAAUACAUACGAGAGAAUGAUUACAGAUUCGGUCCUCUACCUUAUGUGUGGCGGGAUGAACCUACACAGUACUGGGAUAAAAUAGAAAGAUUUAUGAUUCCCUACUUAAAAGACCACAAUGGAGAUCCACGGUCAUCUAUAAACGGGAAUCUUUAUGGACUUUUCUUCGGAUGUGCUCUCGAUAAAACUUCACUUCAACCACCUACCACUUCCUAUUUUGGAAAUGAAAGAUUAAUGAUUGCAUCCAACUUGAUAUAUAAUGACUGGAAGAAUGUGUAUUUCGCUGAUUUUUACUGUCAUUACGAAGUCCAUUACGUCACGUUGGUUAUAACGUCACCGGGCUCUUGUGCAGAUUCCUUCUGUAAACGACACUAUUUAAAAAAACUUAAUUCUAUUGACAACCCCUUCAUCGUGGUGGAUGAAUCUGAAUUAUUUGUUACACUAGGGGUUAACGUAGAACUGUUUUACACGGAUUCUGUUGAUAUUUCAUCCAUACUCUAUCAUAAUCUUGGAAACUUUUCAUACGUUCGAACAUGUGGCUGUGGACACAGCAAACCUGAAGGGAUUCCAAAAAAUCCAGACUGCCCCUUAUGUAACUUGCGCGGAUCCAUGAAUUUUUUCCAAGAUUGGUCCAUGUCUACGCAAAAAGACAUUCUGACUAGGAAAUCAUUUGACAAGCAAGUAAAAAAAAUUGAAAACUUUUAA